AUGGACUUGGAUGCAGGAUCUCCAUUGGUGGCAGUGGCCAUUGACAAGGAUAAAGGAAGUCAGAAUGCCCUGAAAUGGGCAGUGGACAACCUUGUUACCAGGGGCCAGACCCUCACCCUCAUCCUCAUCCAUGUCAAGAUCACCAGCCACCCAAAGCCGACGGAUCACCAUUCCAAGGAACUCUUCCUUCCUUUUCGCUGUUUCUGCACACGAAAAGAUGUUCGCUGCAAGGAUGUGCUGCUGGAAGAUCUUGAUGUGGCCAAGGCCAUCAUCGAAUUCGUCUCCCACACUGCCAUAGAGAAGUUGGUGGUUGGUGCCUCAUCAAAGGGUGGAUUUGUCAGGUUCAAGACUCGUGAUGUGACCGCCAGCAUCACCAAGGGGGUGCCUGAUUUCUGCACCGUCUACGUGAUCGCCAAGGGGAAGGUAUCCGCCAUGCGGAACGCCGUUCGACCAGCUCCGCACAUGUCCCCUCUUCGUGCUCAGAUCCAAAGCCAGGCCAGCCUCAAGCCUGAUGUCACGCCCCCUCGCUUAUUCCCUGGUUCAAGAGGUUCCUCUUCCCCUUCCCUCUCCUCCUCAGCUUUAUCAAGCAGACUGAACGAUCAGCUCCUGCAGGGCCAGGCGAGGAGAAUUCUCACAGAUAUGGAUGCUUACUCUGUGUCGUUGUGGAAAAGGUCGCCGUUUGGCAGAGGAAUGGGUGGUGCCACCACGAAGUCAUUUGCGGAUCUCUCGUUAUCCGACACCGACAUAUCGUUCGUGAGCUCAGGAAGGCCGAGCACCGACCAAGCUUUCCCUCCGAGGUUAUCCAAUGGAUCAGACGGCCUCGACCGCAGCUUCGAGAUGCGAACGCCGCACAAGUCCGUGGAUUCGUACUCCACGGGAAACGAGUUCUCUUCCAUCUCACAGGGCAGUACUGGAACCUCGUGGUCCUCGCAAGCCAUGGAAGAUGUAGAGGAAGAGAUGAAGCGGCUGAGGCUGGAGCUCAAGCACACCAUGGACAUGUACAACAACGCCUGCAAAGAAGCACUCACUGCUAAGCAGAAGACGACGGAGCUGCAGCGGUGGAAGAUGGAGGAGGAGAAAAAAAUAUCUGACGCUCACGCGGCAGAGACAGCUGCCAUGGCGUUGGUGGAGAAGGAAAAAGCAAAAUGUAGAAAAGCCAUGGCGGCAGCACAAGCCGAGAACAGGAUAGCGGAGCUGGAAGCACAGAAGAGAAUAGACGCAGAGAUGAAGGCGAUCAGAGAGGCGGACGAGAAGAAGAAAGCAUUGGACUCACUCUCACACACGGACCUCAGGUACAGAAAGUACACGAUCGAGGAGAUCGAAGCUGCCACCGAAUACUUCGCAGAGCACCGUAAGAUCGGAGAGGGCGGCUACGGUCCGGUCUACAAAUGUCAUCUGGAUCACACUGCUGUCGCCGUCAAGGUUCUUCGGCCCGACGCAGCUCAGGGAAGGUCGCAGUUCCAUCAAGAGGUUGAGGUGUUGAGCUGCAUCAGGCAUCCGAACAUGGUUCUCCUUCUCGGUGCGUGCCCAGAGUACGGCUGCCUCGUGUACGAGUACAUGGCCAACGGGAGCUUGGAGGACCGCCUGUUCCGGCGAGGGAACACGCCAAUGAUCCCUUGGCAGCACAGGUUCCGCAUCGCCUGCGAGAUCGUCACCGGCCUGCUCUUCCUUCACCGGAUGAAGCCGGAGCCGCUGGUGCACCGGGACCUCAAGCCCGCGAACAUCCUCCUCGAUCGGAACUACGUGAGCAAGAUCGGCGACGUCGGCCUCGCCCGGCUCGUCCCCCCGUCGAUAGCUGACAGCGUGACGCAGUACCGCAUCACCUCCACGGCGGGGACGUUCUGCUACAUCGACCCCGAGUACCAGCAGACGGGCAUGCUGGGGGUGAAGUCGGACAUAUACUCCCUCGGCGUCCUGCUGCUGCAGAUCGUCACGGCGAAGCCCCCCAUGGGGGUGACGCACCACGUGAGCCGCGCGAUCGAGAGGGGCACCUUCGCGGAGACGUUGGACCCAGCGGAGCCCGAUUGGCCCGUGGAGGAGGCGCAGCGUCUCGCUGAGUUAUCGCUCAAGUGCACGGAGCUAAGGAGGAAGGAUCGGCCGGAUCUGGAGAAGGUGGUGUUGCCGGAGUUGCAGAGGCUGAGAGCUCUUGGAGAAGAUAAUAUGAUCUACUCACCCAUGAAUAACCAUGUUUCCCUGCAGGUGAGUUGGUGACACG